AUGAACAAUUUAUUGGAUGUUCGGGGAAUAUCAGAGACAGAGACCGUAUGCGUGAUCAAAGUGCUGCUUAACGAGCAGCUUGGAAUACUUUUAGAGCGCAAAACACCUCUCCAAGUUUCAUUAAGCCUGUUAAGCCAAAUGCAGACUUAUCAAGAUUGUCACAAACGUCUCCACCCUUAUACGCUCCUAGAAUAUGCUUGCAAACUUCAUGAACCUAUCAAGCCUUUUGAGGCGAUCACGGUUCGACUCGAGGAAUCGAAUCAAUCGACAUUCUCUACGGUUAUUCCUUCGCCGCUACAAGCUGAAGACUCACCUUUUUGA